AACAUCAGGCGCGCGAUCAGUGUCCGUGAUAAACGAGUGAUGAACUAGUGGAGAUAGGAGCCGAGUGUCUCACUGGUGUUUUCACCGUGAAGCUCAAUGGACUCAGAUGUGUCCGUAUAGAGGGACUUUCUCGGGACUAAUACCCCAAAGGCUUGACGCUUUGCUUUUUGCGUGUAUAUCCCGAGUGUAUGCUGCGCGCUGUAACUCUGUGGAAAGCGCCUUCGCUCAGUUCACUUGGUAUUGAGGAUACGCUUCGCGCAUCUACCCAUGGACAAGACUCUCUCCUGUCUCAAGCAGCCUCCCAGCACCACGUAGCAUUUCCUUAAGGAACCCGUCCUGCAUUGGCUCCCAACAAACAUGGACUGUUUCCCCAUGAUUUAUUUUCUGUCGAGACAACAUGAUUCCUGGUAAUCGAAUGCUGAUGGUCAUUUUAUUAUGCCAAGUUGUACUGGGAGAGCGCAGCCAUGCUAGUCUAAUACCCGAGGAAGGGAAGAAAAAGGCGUUGGGUAAUCACCCGGGUCAGAGUCAUGAACUGCUGCAGGACUUUGAGGCCACGCUGCUGCACAUGUUCGGUCUGCAGAAGCGGCCACGGCCCAGCCGCUCGGCAGUGGUGCCCCAGUAUCUCCUCGACCUCUAUAGGCUGCAGUCAGGAGAAGUGGAAGAGGCUGAAGCUCACAAUGUCAGUUUUGAGUACCCUGAGAAGUCAACUAGCCGAGCCAACACUGUAAGAGCAUUCCAUCAUGAAGAGCACAUGGAGCAAGUGCCAUCAGAUAGACCACACAGCUUCGAGUCCCCUCUGCGCUUCUUCUUUAACCUCAGCAGCAUCCCUGAGGAUGAGCUGCUUUCCACAGCAGAACUUAGGCUGUACCGGCAGCAGAUUGAGGAGCCUGGUUUGGAGACCUGGCAUGUCGAAAAUGAGGACCUCCAUAGGAUCAAUGUGUAUGAGGUGCUGAAGACGCCACGGCCUGGGCAGCUGAUCACACGCCUCCUGGACACGCGCCUUGUAAGCCACAACACCACCAGCUGGGAAAGUUUUGACGUAAGCCCAGCUGUGUUGCGUUGGACCCAGGAGCGACUGCCAAACUAUGGACUUGCUGUAGAGGUUCUGCAUCUGAACCAAACACCACGGCACCAAGGCAAGCAUGUACGCACCAGCCGCUCAGUGCACCACACUUCAGAAGAAGACUGGGACCAGCUGCGUCCUUUGUUGGUAACUUUUGGUCAUGAUGGCAAAGGCCACCCACUGACACGCAGGACCAAACGCAGCCCCAAGCAGCGAGGCCGUAAGCGCAACCGCAACUGCCGACGACAUGCGCUGUAUGUGGACUUUAGCGAUGUAGGCUGGAACGACUGGAUAGUGGCACCACCGGGCUAUCAGGCCUACUAUUGCCACGGGGACUGCCCCUUCCCUUUAGCCGACCAUCUGAAUUCCACAAACCAUGCUAUUGUACAAACACUGGUCAACUCAUUAAACAGCAAUAUUCCAAAGGCCUGCUGUGUGCCCACUGAGCUGAGUGCCAUCUCAAUGCUCUACCUGGAUGAGACUGACAGGGUAGUCUUGAAAAACUACCAGGAAAUGGUUGUGGAGGGCUGUGGCUGCCGCUAGCUGGGUUUUAGAAUUAAGAAAUACUAGCACAAUGAAGGCAAGAUCUAAUUGGCCCCAUUGUAUACCUAAAUAUUUUCACUUGGAUGCUUAUUUAUAAUGUUUAUGUUGAGAUGUUUGUCUGUCUACUUUUUGUUUCCUUGACCAUAUGAUCAUAUAUUUCGACAAAAUAUAUAUAUAUUUAUAUCUACAUAUUAAAAAUAAAAGUGAGACCUUAUUUUAAA